AUGCAUGUGUGUACUCUCAAAUUGAUGGAAUUUCUUGUCAUGAAACAUAAUGAAAACACACUCCCUGGUAACGGGCUAGAAAAUGUAGUGUUGGUUGGAGUCAUUUAGCAUUCUAUUAGUACAUAUGUGUCUUCAUUAGCUUAGGCAUACAUGAUGCACAAAACGUAAUUUGAUUUAUUUAGAGAAACCAAUGCUCAUAUCAUAUUAUUUAAAUGUAUGCUGUAAUGAAUCUGGCAUGGAAAUGGUAAAGCAACUUAUGAUUGCACUCCAUUUUGUAAACCUAGGCCUACUUGACAAUAGACCUACAAUACCUUUAGACAGUUGCCCAAAACUCCAGCAGGUAACUAUGAUAAACACUUUGCAGUAUGUUGUGCUAUAACUUGGCAUUGUAUUGUAUGAGUCUAGUAAUUAUAUAAAAUAAUAGGCGACCCAUGGUAGCUAAGGGAGAUGUAGGAAGGCAGGCUUGCAACAUCUUCAAUUGCAUAGGGGCCUAAUGGUUUAUUUACGGUGACAGAGUGCAGAGGGGAAAACUACAAAGCAGGAUCAAGGAGUUAGCCAGCUACCUUGGCAAAUUAUUCUGAAAUAACUUUAGAAAGAUAAGCUUGAAAUUGGCAUGGUCUAAUUGACUCAACAACCAUCCACACAUGUGAAGAAGGCGCAAUAGCACCUCUUCAACCUCAGGAGGCUGAAGAAAUUUGGCUUGGCCCCUAAGACCAUCCCAAACUUCUACAGAUGCACCACUGAGAACAUCCUGUCGGGCCGUGUCACCGCCUGGUACGACAACUGCACCGUCUGCAACCGCAUGGCUCGCCAGAAGGUGUUGCAGCUAGCCCAACGCACACUGCCUGCCCUCCAGGACAUCUACAGCACCCGGUGUCACAGGAAGGCCAAGAAGAUCAUCAAGGACAUCAGCCACCCGAGCAACAGCCUGUUCACCCCUCUAUCAUCUAUAAGGCAUAGACAGCACAGGUGCAUCAAAGCUAGGACAGAGAGACUGAAAAACAGCUUCUAUCUCCAGGCCAUCAGACUGUUAAACAGUCAUCACUAGCUGGCGUCCGCCCAGUGCCCUGCCCUGAACUUUAUUCACAGUUACUAGCCGGAUACGACCCGACACUCAACCCUGUACCUUAGAGACUGUUGCCCUAUGUACAUCGUCAUUGAAUACUGGUCACUUUAAUAAUGUUUACCUACUGUUUUACCCACCUUUUCUAUUCAUAUACUGCCCAUAAUGUCUAUACACACCAUCAUAUACACUGAGUGUACAAAACAUUAUGAACAUUUUAAGAUACUUAAACAGCUAAAUACAAACGCCUAAGCGUCAUGGCACAGCUCACAGCAACAAUGUACAUGAGGCCUAUAACCCCUCUCCAUUACAGAACCUGAAGCAGACUGCCACACAAAAGGGCAACUGCCUAUUCCUUCCUUGGGCAAUACCGUCCGAUCCAAAUAACAGGGGUACAUUUUCUUCAACCUCACAACAGGUAAGUAGGCUAGCCUAUAAUGAUAAACCCUUUAUAAUAAACAUGAAUCAUCUCAAAAUAUUUCCAGUAAAUAUUUAGGCCUUCAGUAUUCAUAUCUGUCAAUACAGACCCAAUAAUAAACAUAAUUUAAUAUUAGGCGAAGUGACGUUCUCCAAUGACAUCACACCAAUCAAUAACAGUGCGCACCUGUGGUUAGGAUGCCCUUGGCAGUGCGCAUUGGGAAAAUAGCUAUUCCGAUCCAGGAGUAACCAGGAGUUUGAAAUGUUCUUUAGACAGAGUUAAAGGGAAAAUCCACUCAAAAACUAUAUUUUGGUAUUUUAUUUAUUAGUCCACUGUUGAUACAGUCCCAUCAAGUUUUCAAGAUAUUGGACUUUCAAGAAGGAAAGUGUCACCGGUCGCAUCCCCAUAGUCUGGUGGCCUAAUAUACUUGUUUGUAAGUCAAUUUCUCUUUUGUGCGAGGGCUUUUGCCUACUACUCAGUUAUUGUAGAGUGGAGUGUACCUUUAGAUGGAGCAGUGAGGGGAAUGGCACCUCUGUACCUUCGGGCUCUGAUCAGUCCCUACACCCAAACGAGGGCAUUGCGUUCAUCCACCUCUGGCCUGCUGGCUCCCCUUCCUCUGCGGAAGCAUAGUUCCCGCUCAGCCCAGUCAAAACUGUUCGCUGCUCUGGCACCCCAAUGGUGGAACAAGCUCCCUCACGACGCCAGGACAGCGGAGUCACUCACCACCUUCCGGAGACAUUUGAAACCCCACCUCUUUAAGGAAUACCUGGGAUAGGAUAAAGUAAUCCUUCUACCCCCCCCCCCCCCCCAAAAAAAAAAUUGUAAAGUGGUUAUCCCACUGGCUAUAGGGUGAAUGCACCAAUUUGUGAGUCGCUCUGGAUAAGAGCGUCUGCUAAAUGACGUAAAUGUGCCCUUGAGCAAGGCACUUAACCCUAAUUGCUCCUGUAAGUCGCUCUGGAUAAGAGCGUCUGCUAAAUGACUAAAAUGUAAAUGUAAAUGAGUGUCUCCAGUUGGUUUUUAGCCUUCCCAGCUUUCUCUUUCCUUGUGGGUUGUAGUAGUCCAGUGAUUGUCUUGUUAUGCCCAUUGUGUUUUUCCUGAGUAUGUGUCUAUUUUAUUUGGCCACGAUAUCCUCAGUAUGUAACGUAGGCAGUUGUCGAUUAAGACUUUUUCAGGUUUCGCAUCACAUUUGUGUUGAAGAUUUGGAUCUUGGUGUUAGUGGAGAGCUGUGAUGAGGCCUGGUUUCAGACCACCCCAUAUUGGCCCCUUCUAUGUGACACAUUGCGGCGUCCCUUCAAGAUAUGAAAGAACAGUAUCCCUGAUACAUUAAUACUUCCUUGGGUAGCCCAGGUAGAGUUUCCAUCAUUCUACAUAGGGCCCACACAGAUCAGAUCUGUGAGGGGGAAUCACAAAGUACCUAGUGGUAGGGGCUUGGAGUCUAUUUGUAACUAGCUAAUAGACGGCAUCCAUGGAGAAUGUAAUAGAUAACAGCCAGAAUCUCAAUACAGUUUCUCAACUUGGUCAGUCAAAUCCAAGACAAAUUGAUGUUUUCUACUUAGCUAGAUGCUGCCAUCUGUUGGCUGCAGUGAAUGAACACACAAACAGCCUGGUGACUGACAGCCUGUUACAUACUCUGAAGGGAGAAUACAUUAUCCUACAGAAUGUGACCCCCUAUUUGGAGUGAAGGGGCAUAGUAUUACUUUUAGAUGGAAAACAGUUUAUGUUUUGAGGUGACCCUCAAACAGAUGUAGCUCAUUACAUGGCAGCACUCAAUGAUUAUUGAUGCCAGAUUCAGCUCAAUGGGGCAAGGGUCACAUACAUUUGGUUAAGCUAAUAAGACAACUGGUAUCACACUUCAGUUUCUGAGGCCAAAAACCCUCCUUAACCUUAGUUCAGCCAAAAAUAUAACAUUUAGUUUAGGAUUAGUUUAAAAAAAGACAUUUGAUCGAAUAGGAUGAGACUUUGAAAAGUAAAGGCUUUGAAACCCGAAAGCAAAUCUGAACAGAUCAUAAGGGGUGUUGACUUGAUUUGAUCUUGAAACAUUUUCAAUCAACUCUCUCCCCUUUUCUCCGCUGUCUGAAAUCUGUGUAAAAGGUGCAGCUGACGAAACAACAAUAUGUUUGGACCGUUAAAAACAACAUUUCUGAGAACUUCCACUCUUUCAAUUGUUUCUCUUGAGAUUGCAUUAGGUAUGAUCCCACCAUCUGUCUUUUGGUGUGGUUGCACAGAGUUACUAAGCUACUCCACUUGAACUUUGGCCAUUAGAGAACUGAGCUUUUCCUAAGGAAACCCAGAGAGGAAAGUCAAAGGGACUAUCCAAGCACUACUGUGGCUUUAUACUGUACACUAAUCAACCUACAUAAUGUCAAUUUACCAUUUAACACCAUGCCUUUUGAGGUGUGACAUGGUUUUUAUAAGAACUGAGUGAUCCGUGAUCUCUAUGGGUAAAGUAUUGGAGAUGUCCAUGCUGCUCCACUGGCUCCUCUUCUUUUACUGUCCAAAAUAUAAUUGUUUUUAUGACAGAAAAGCUGAUACUUCUCCCACCACAAGAGGGUACCUCUGGCAUGAAUUAAGACAUGUUGCAUUGUGUAGACCUAUUAGACUUGUGUUUUAAUUUCAAAGUGUCUAAAAUACUGUGAGAAUGUGAUCUGUUUGUCUUCAAAGCAGCGUUGUGUUUUAGAGUUGCUCAUCAAGUCUUGUUGUAACUGUUGUAAUCCUUGUGUCAAUAGCACAGUCAUUAUACAUAGGCUACAGUAGAGAGGUGACCUGUAUAGAAAAUACUUAUAGGAGGUUAUUGAGUGAUUUGAAAUUAUAGUGCGUUGCAUUCAAAAUCACUAAAAGAGGAUGACAAACAAACCUGUCGGAUAUUGUGAUUUCAGUGUGUGGCUUUGCAACAUCUUUACACUUAGGCUAUUUUUACAGUGACUCAGUUCAUUCGGAGCAAUACUGUAAGUAGUAUUGAGAUGAAAGUGACACGUGUAUGUGGAUUUAACAAAUAUUCUCAGCAACAUAAAUGGACAAAGAUUCACUUGACUCAAUGACUAGGUAUUGACGUCAAUAAUAAAUCAAGUAAAUAUUUAAGUUUCUCAAGCAAGCAAGAGUUUCUUCCUGUAAUUAAUUGAUGUAGACAGGUUAGACCCAUAUUCUAUUCAACAAAAGUCAAUGUUGUCCCAGCAUUUCAAGCACUGCCAACCUAGGGUCACCAACAGGCCUCAGCCAUAAUCGUACAAUUUCACCUUCUUUAUAUGAACAACCCAAUGUUACGUUUCCUCUCUCAUCUGCAUAAAUGGAAAUCAAACAAACUAAUUAAGAUGUAUUCCUUUGGUCAAAUACAUGUGUUCACUUUGAAAGUAGUCCAGUUGGUUUAUCAUGCUGGCCUUUCCCCCUGCUGUCGUGGCUUGGGUGUAUCCAUGGGAACGGGUGGCCAGGAGAGAGGGAGGUUCUUGUCCGAGCACUGAAGGGUGUGUGGAAGUCAUCCUGGUCUCCUCCCCACCACCCGGCCAUAUUUAAACAGGCUGCAGCUCUCUGUCAGUCGCUUACAGAGGAGCUGGACUUAAAAAGAGAGAUCCUGAGCCUGCUACUUAUAGAGAGCCUCAGCUAUUGCUUAUAAGACCUUUACUACUACAAUCAUUGUCUAUCUCACAAGCCUGUCUGUAAGGACACAGUGUUCGAUUUACUCACAUCUCAUUCACACAAGGUAAGCUUAACUUCAUAAUUAUGACUGUUGAAAAUUAUUUACCUUUUCUCAAUGCUUUCAAUAUAAAGUUAGAUUUGUGUUUAUAAAAAGUAUUUAACUUGUUUUAAAAAAUAUCAUUUUUGAUUGCCUGUGAUUUGGAUACAUUUCUGUUAUCUAAUGAGAAUUUACUUUUACUUUUGCAGUUUCCAAGCCCUGUCGGAGAACUAAUGUGGGUGGUGGAGAAGAUCCGUGUGUCCGCGGAGAGACCCAACCUGCCUCUCCCCUCAAUGGAAUACAGCUUCAGGAUCGGAGACAUAUUUGGAGAGAAAGCUGACAAACACAAGAGACUUUCCCUGUUUCCUAACGUCAUCACCCCAGACACUAUCCCAGAGUUCUGCAUCCCUCCUAAGAUCCCACCCUUCCAGGAUGUGAAGGGUAAAGAGCAGAGCCAUCAGGCCCCCAUCAUCAGAGUGUCCCUGUGUGAGCGGGAGAGGGGGAUCCCUAAGAGGGAGGCCCCAGCACGAGAGCUCAUCAGCCCACACAUCAUCCAGGUGGAGAGUGUGGACGAGGGCCCCUAUGACUGUAGUGAUGAGGAGACCACCAACGCAGACCCUCAGAGCCAGGCAGCCCUCUCCCUGCCCCACAUGGCCAAAGCCCAGACCUGCUACGGCUUCUGUACCCUGCUGGAGAGCCCCCACACCAGGAGGAAGGAGUCCCUGUUCCACAAUUACCCUGGGUCCUGUGGCACACCGCUGCUUCUCCCCAGGAGCAGGUCCAACACCGUUCUGUCCUCCUCCCCUUCCUCCUUCAGUCUCCACACCCUGAGCUCCAGACUGUCCCCCAGAGGUUAUACUCUCAACAGACAGGGCACACUGGACAGUGACACCACCUCGUCAGCUGAGUCAUCCCCUUUCAGCUCCCCAAUGCUGAGCAGGUCCCCACCCAAGUCUUCCCUCUUCAAAACAUUGAGUCAUGAAAGGCUUCUCUCCAGAAACAUCAGGAAGACUGUGGUGUCCAGAAACAACUCCCUGUCGACAGACGAGGGCAGUUCCACGGACAAUAGCCCCAAUGUCAUGAGGAGGGCGUCAGAGGGGCUGGUAGAGGGCCUUCCACCAAGCUUCGGUCUGGCCCCUCCUACCAUCUUCCCCAUAGACUUGGUUCUGCACAGAGAAAGGGUGAUGAGGGAGAGCUUGGUCCCUAUAGGGAAGGACGGCACCCUGCGCCUCUCUGCAGAGUACUGUCCUGAUAACCAAAGGCUGCGGGUGCGGCUCAUCAGUGCUGAAGGGCUAUAUACUUGUUCGGUGGACCCCAAGAGUAUAAACUGCAGUUUCAGCCUCUCCCUGGUGCCUGGAAAGGUCCAGAAGCAGCGUAGCACAGUCAUCAGGAAGUGUCGUAACCCCAUCUUCAAUGAGGACUUUUUCUUUGAUGCCAUCUCAGAGGAGCACCUCUGCCAACGCUCCCUGAGAUUUAAAGUUGUCAAUAAAAUGUCCACUAUGAAAAGAGACUAUAUUCUGGGGGAUGUUGAACUUCCACUCACAAGCAUUAUCACUUUAUAA